AUGUACUUUGUUGCAGCUGCCCCGUCGCAGGUGUCGCCGCCAGGGGUCAUCGCGACGUCUGCACAUUUGCCGUUCGACACCCCCGUGAAGGAUAUGUCGAUAUCUUUUAGCAACAGCAACUCCACCGCCGUUUCUGCGGCUCCGCCAUCGUACGAGGCUGUCGCUCUGGACCCGAAAGGCCCUCGCAGCCAGACAAACCUUUUUGUGCGCAAGCUGGCUUCGGCUGUGACGGAAGAUGACAUGCGCAAGUUGUUCGAGCAGUACGGCACGAUCAUGUCCUUCGCGCUCAUGCGAGACAUCCACACCGGUGAGAGCCUUGGCACUGCCUUUGUGCGCUACAGUACCCACGACGAGGCCCGCGCGGCCAUGGCGGCUCUCGACGGACGUGAGCUCUACGGCCGUCCCAUCUCCAUUCAGUGGGCAAAGCGUGAGCACGACAGCACCCCGUGCGGCGACGCUCGCCGCAAGAUACGCAAGCUUUUCGUGCGCAACAUCCCUCUCGACGUGACGGCGCGUCAUCUCCGUCAGAUCUUCUCCAAGUUUGGAUCCAUCAACAACGUCACCCUGCAUAGCGACACGGCCCCCGCAGCGGCCCGCGACAACGGCGACAACUCGCGUCCGGCCAGUCAAAUGCGCAACAUUGCUUUCAUUCUUUUCCAGGAAGACGACGUCGCGGAGCAGGCGGUGAGCACGCUGCACAACACUUGCCCGUUUGACAGCUGCGAUGGGAUCCCGCUCAUGGUGAAGCUGGCCGAGGACAACCGUGACCGCAUUGACCGAAAGCAGCGCUUCUGCGAGAGCAACGUGACGAACACGACCGCCAAGGCGUUCGCGACGGUCAUGAUGCAGAGCAAUCACAUCUCCACUGCCGCCUCUGUCUCACCGCUGACCGUUCCUCUCUCCACGCCAGCCUCGGCAACGCUCUCGCCCCCAACGCUGUCGAUGGAUGUCAGCCACAACAGCCCCAUCUUUAUUCACGAGGGCCACGCGCCUUCGCUGCCGCCGAGUGGGCAACAGACGCUGCCCUUCACUGUUUCAGCGCCGACAACCACAGCGACUCCCAUGCUGCACACCACGGUCGAUGCGAACGGGAACACUGCGUACGUCUACGUCUCACCCUCGCCGAACAACGGUGUUGCGCAGCAAGUGGUACCAGCUUCCUCAGCCCCUGGUCAGUACGUCAUCGUGUCCAACGGGCUCCAGGGCUUUACGGGGGCAAACAGGAUGGUGUCGCAGCCGUCGCAGUCCUUCUACGCGGCGGCUGCGCCUCCAUCCGUGCAGCAAUACUAUCAGACAGUGACGCUGCCGCAGGUGUUUGCAGAGGCGCAGGGCCAGCCGCUGCAGCCGCAGUCGAACGUUUUCGUCCCCGGCUACUAUUCUUACUCUCCUCACCCGCAGUCUUCUCAGCAGACGCCACAGCAAGUGCCGAUCUUCGAAAUGAAAGCGGCGUCCACGACACACCCGCUGCGAACCGGUGCGCCGGUGUCAAAGACGGCUAGCGAUCUCUUUCAGAACCAGUCGCCGCUACAGCACCAGCUGGCACACGCUCAGCCGCCCUUCUCGGUGUCGCAGCAGCUCGGCAGCCCUGGUGGUGUGCGGGAGCCGGUCUCGACGACGAUUUUCUCUGCGACGGACAGCCCAGUGAACGGGGCUAUCAACCCCACGAACACCGCGCCGCCCCGGCUACAUGCGCCAAUGACUCUCGUGCCUCACAGCACUGCGGCGCCGCCGAGCGCCGAUGCCGAAGCGCGAGGAUACUCUUUCUUUGGUCCAACAAGGAACGGCGCGCACGCCGCGACACUGAUGUACGAGAUGCCGAUGCCCUCCAUGGGGCCGUGUAUCGAGGACGAUGACGUGCCGUGGGGCAACAUCUGUGCCAAAGCGCCGGCUGCAGCUGGUGUUUUACGAAGCUUGUGA